AGAAUAUUCCUAAUAUUCUGUAUUCAGUUCAAACUAAUCUCCUGUAAUAUAGGAUAGAUCGCUUGUGAUCGUAACAGUCUUGUCCAUAUAUACGUUUGUAUACUCAAUCAAUAAACCAAGGAAAUUCACAGACUUUCAUGGUAUCAGAGCUAGCUCUAAUCUGAUCCAACAAUUUACUUCUUCUUCUUUUUUAUUUUCUCUUAGCAUCGAUUUGCUACGUCUCCAAUUCAAGCCUCAUGGCAGCGGUUGAGCGUGCGUUUGGUGUUACUAAUAUCAAACACCACAUUCCUGUCGUUCUAGACCUUGACGUCUUUAACUAUGACGCAUGGCGUGAGUUAUUCUUAACUCACUGCUUGGCCUUCGAUGUCUUAGGACAUGUCGAUGGUACCUCGGUUCCUCAAGAUGAUGACGACUUGCCUUGGAAGAAGAAAGAUGGACUCGUGAAGCUUUGGCUUUACGGCACCUUAGCUCCUCCACUCUUCAAAACCUCUUUGGCUCUUUCAAAGCAGGAGGAACCGCACGAGACGUAUGGCUUCGCGUCGAAAAUCAGUUUCGUAACAACAAAGAGGCUAGAGCGAUUCAGCUGGACAACGACCUCCAUACCAAGGAGAUCGGAGACCUCUCUGUUCACGAUUACUCGCAAAGCCUAAAGUCCAUCGCUGACUUACUGGAGAACGUCGAAGCACCAGUCAGCGACAAAACCUUGGUAAUGUAUAUGCUCAACGGUC